AUGCAGACGAAUCCAGUUGACGACGAGGGAUUUGAUGAAUCUCAUACAAUGCCGCACACUGUUGCUCAAUUUGACACUGAAGAGCAGAAAGCUGAGUAUGCCUUCUUGUUACUGAGUACUGUAUCUACGGCUACGUUAGCCAAUGUCACCAAUCGACUGGUCCCUUUACUACAACGAGAUUUUGUAUACUUGUUACCUCAAGAACUCGCCAUACAAAUCCUGUCUUGUACCGAUGCUAGGACUGUAGGGCGGGCUGCUCAAGUGAGCAAGACCUGGAAACGUAUCACAUCUGAUAAUGCUAUAUGGAGAGCGCUAUAUCGAAAGAAUGGAUGGACUGUAAAUGAACAAUUCCUGGAUCAAUGGACCAACAAACCGUUACCUAUAAUGCCCCCGACCUUCACAAAGGGGAAGAGUCUGCCUGAUAGUGAUGUACCACAGCAGGAAGCUUCAGAAGAAGGAACAAUGUGGAAUACUGAAGAUUAUGGAUCUGGACCUAGGUCAGGAAAUCGACCAACAAACCCUGCUUCUGCUGAUAUUGGUGAUCAUGAUCCAACUGCGUGGGGAGACGACGGCACUGGAUCCGCAUCUGGAUCUGUUCCACGGCGUCCUAGAAGAGGGACGGAUGAUGGAGGUGCAGCUGGAAGUAGUGGUAGUAAUAAUCCGAUAAAUGAUCCCACUCUUGACGAAGACGAUGGGUAUUCUCAUUCUAUUGGUAGACGUCCUUCGCUCUUCCAAUCUCCAGUACCUACGGAUGAUCUACAGAGUACUUUGAGACGUGAUGGAGUCUUCUCUGGUCAAUCGUCAUCGUCGCUACCUCGAUCCCCACCUGACUCACUACCACGACCUUCUGCUGCCAUGUCUUUACCACGACUAGGUAAUACAGGACCAUCAGAUUCGUUGGCUCGAGCACUGGCACCUACAUCGUUGUCUCUACCUCGUACUAUGGAUGUAUCACCAAAUAAUUUGGCAGAGUCGCUUGAACAAACCUCGAUAUCAGAACAUUCUACAACAACAGGUGGUAUACUCGUCAAACCACUGACACGAUCUCUAACCGAUAACUGGGAUCGUCAUGCUCAUUUGGAUUGGAGGUAUAUAUAUCAGCAGCGUGCUCGCCUCGAAAAGAAUUGGACGGAGGGUAUAUUCAAUGUCCGUGAACUAGCAGGUCACUUUGAAGCCAUAUACUGUCUCCAAUUCGACGAAUCGAAAAUCGUCUCUGGAUCUCGUGACGAUACAAUCAAGAUAUGGGAUAUGAAGACUGGUGAAUGUACAAAGACACUUCAUGGGCAUGGUGCUUCUGUAUUGUGUCUGCAGUACGAUGAUCAGUAUAUAGUGUCCGGAUCGUCAGACUCGACUGUUAUUGUAUGGGAUAUAACAACUAGUGAACCCAAGAAGGUGUUGAGAUCUCACACCGAGUCUGUCCUCAAUCUGAGGUUUGAUAAGAGAUAUAUAGCAUCUUGUUCGAAAGACAAGACUAUCAAGCUGUGGAAUACUAGUACUGGUGAUUUGAUUCGUACUUUACGUGGUCAUCGAGCUGCAGUCAAUGCUAUACAGUUCUCGGAGGAUUUAGUUGUAUCUGCCAGUGGAGAUCGAACCAUCAAAGUAUGGCGAAUAUCGACAGGUGAUCUUGUCCGAACAUUAAGUGGCCAUUCAAGAGGUAUUGCCUGUAUUCACUUUGAAGGAAACAUUAUUGUUUCUGGAUCAUCAGAUCGCACUAUCCGCACUUGGGAUGUCAAUACUGGAAUGUGUCUACAAACCGUCAGUGGCCAUACCGAAUUAGUUCGAACUCUCCAAUUCGACAAUCAUCGUAUCGUGUCUGGUUCCUAUGAUGUGACUCUGAAAGUAUGGGAUUAUCCCAAGGGCAAUCUGAUUCUGGAUUUGAAGAAUGGUCAUAGCCAGAAAGUGUUCAAGCUGCAGUUCAAUGAUACAAAGAUUGUGAGCUGCAGUCAAGAUCAGCGUAUUCUUGUAUGGGAUUUCUCUCAAGGAGUAGAUACGAGAUUCUUUGUUUAA